CUGCCAAAAUAAAAUACAAAGCCAACAAAAAAAAUAAUAAACGCAAAUGCCGAUGCUGUUUUGACUUUCUGUUUGCUAUUUUGUGGCACAAAAAACCUAAAUUUAAUGCAAUAAAUUAUUAAAUAAUUAAUUCAAGUGCUAUGUUAUUAAAAUAUUAAAAUAAAUAUCAUAAUUUUACAAAAAAAAAAAAAAAACAAACAAAAUGGAAACAGUUAUUUUCAACUCGGAUAUUGCUCGCAUGGUGCUUGGAUAUUUACGUAAACAACGCCUUGAUAAAGCAGCUGAAAUGUUUUGUAAAACAAGCCCAUUUCUCGAGAAAGAAUAUGAAGUUCUCAAACAAGGAUAUCGUUUGUUUGGUUUCAAAGAGGAUCUACUUGAGACAAUUAUCAGAGAAUAUUGCAAAAUCACAACCAAAGUGGACAAAGCAAUUGAAACAUUGCCGCAGUCUGUACGGGAGACUUUGCAACAAAAAACUCUAUCAUCAAAAGUAAGUUCAUUAAUUAACCAUCAUACAAAUUCUUCAACACUAGCUGACAACAAAGAAAACAGUUCGACAGCAAAUAAACGUAAAAGAGGCUCAACAUGCAGCAUUGAUUGUGAUAUUCAAUUUGCGAAUGAUGAAGAUAUAAUGCGUCCACCAGCAACUAUAAGCAAACGUCCUCGAUUAUCACGAGGCUCACUUCCAAACAGAUCAAAAAAUUCAAAUCCUAAAGAUUUAGAAAUACUAAGUCAAUCUGAAGCUUGUGAUAUAGAUUCAUGCGAUGAUGACGCCGAUGACGAUGAUGAUGAUGAUGAACCCGAUGCAGCUUUUAAAUUACCCACAACACAAUCAACAUCAACACCACGCUUACCAAAUUCAAAUUCCGAAGAGGAUUUGGCUAUGACUUCGAUUCCGUUGCAAAACAUAUCACAAGCUUUACUUGAUAACCAAGAAUUUCAAGAGAAACUUGUUAGCAAUAUUAAUAAAGCCUUGCAAACUUCUACAUGCCCGCCAUCAUCAUCAACUGCUGAUGAAAAACCAAGUGAAAAUUGUUUGAUGGAUGAGUUAGAAACAGUGGUUAAAAAUGCUACUGAAGCUACUGAAAUUGAUCCAAUAUUUGAUGAAUUUUUAAAACGAGUUGUUUCUUCCCAAGGUUACUCAACAGAUCCAUCCAACAAUAUACCGGGCAUCGAUGCACAGGAUGAAGAAUCACAGCCACCUGCACCUCAACAAACCUUAUCUAAUAUCUCUGUAGCACCAACAACUGCUAACAACACUACAUUUAGAUCGUUGAUCGAUCCAAACUUUUCCGUUUCCAAGUUAAUUGUUUUGAAUUCCAAUGAAAGUGCACAAAAAAAUCAACCAACUGACCAAGUUAUAACAACCGCUCCCGAUGGAACUCAAAUAAUCAACAAUGGGACAUUGGACAAUCAGAUGUACUUUGACCAUGCAACCGGACAACUGACUUGUCCUCUUCUACUUACCAGUGAUGGUUUGCUAAAUCUUCCGUUCUUGAUUAACAGCGACCUAAUACAACAACUGCAGGGAGACAUCAAUCUAGACACGUCCCGCAUUGAGAUUCCUCUACCCGAACCCAUAAUUCUAUCUGCUGAUCAAUUCCCACCAAAUGCUGUAAUUCUAAGAAGCACUCAGAAAGUGGAAGAUCCACCUAAAGUGGCGACAUCUACUGCUGCUCCAAAUGGAAGUAAUUUAGAGGCUAAAAUAGCUCAAUCUGGAACAACUCCAAGUACGGGUAUUUUAAAUCCCAGAAGCUUCAAGAGUUUAUCCACACCCAGAAAAAAAUCCCACGUAAGGACAUUAAGUUUUUCCCCAUUGCCAAGUAGACAGUUGUUAAAACGACAGGGACUAGCUGCUCCAGAGGGUUGUAAGGAACCUGCAACCUCUGAAGAGGCAGAAAAACCAGUCAUAAAAAAUGUCGAAAUUCUUUCACAAAUCGAAGUCAUCCCCGAAGUGGAUUCAGAAAAUUCGAACAGCGUUAGUAAUCAGACUGUAAUCCAUAAAGAACUAACUGACACUCCAAAGAGAAAAGAAAGAUCAAGACGAGUAAAAAGGGUUCUCUCAAAAGACCAUGAAGAUAGCGAAAAAGUUAAUGUGCAAUCACCUGCCGACGAAACUAAAGAAAAGAAACCAAAAGAAAAGGAGAAAAAACAAUCGAAAAAACUUCUCGUAUCUCAAAUGGAUAUGAAAGAAUGGAAACGUAUGCGUGAAACAUCUCAGACAAAUUUUGAAUGCUAUUUGCGUGAAAUCAAUUCCAAAGAUCCAAACACUGUAAAACGUGAUCCACCAAGAAGAAGAAAACGAAAAAUCCUUGCACCUGCAUUGAAGGCAGCACAUGCUGCAAAUAAAGCACGACAAAAAGCUGCAAAAGAAAGAAGUCUUAGAGCUGCAGUUUCAGCAACAAAACAAAAAACUAAAGAAGAUAAUACACCAUCCAAAUCGACCACGAACAAAGAAAAACCUACAACAACAAAAAAGAAGGCCAAAGAAAUUGAAACUCCAUCCAAGUCGAUUUUUAAUAUUAAAAUUCCAACACCUCAUAAAAUCGAGGCUCCCACAACAUCUGGAGGAAAAAGAAAUUCCAAAGUAAAUCCGAACAAAGAAUCUCCAAUGAAAUCGGAACCAGUUAAAGAAGUCACAGAAGAAGUGAUUUUCAUUCAACCCGAAUCAAUUCCCAUUGUUAAAUUAGAAGAAGAACGUGAAAAACGUACAGCGAAUAUAGCCUGUCUGCUGGACACUCCAUUUAAGUCAUUAGACGAGCAGUUAAUGGUUCCUCCAACCCCAGGACUAGUUCUGUCAACACUUGACACUCCACUUUUCAAGAUGAUUGAUUCAUUUAGAAAUGUUGGGGAAGCAAAUAACAGUAACAUAUCCACUCCACAGUUUGCAAUCACCCCAGGAUGUACUCUAACACCAUUUCCCAAAGAAACACCGAAAAGUGGAACUCAUCAAAUGGUCACUGAUUACUCCUCUGGUGGAUCAUACUAUAGACCCGAUGAGUCUGAUGAUUUGGAUAAGAAAAUCGACAAACAACUGCGAGAAUCAGCACAGAAAAGAAAAACCGAAGAGCCACCAGUGGUCACUCCAAAUAAAUGCGUUGAAGUGGUUGAGGAGAAAAUUCCAUGUGAAUCAGUGAUUCUGAGUCGAGUGAAGUCAUUUGCCGAUGAAGAUGCACCUCAACCACCAGUCGAUUUGCAUUACACACUUGCAGCUGGUUUGCCAGAAUUAACUGAUGAAGAAGAAGAGAUGCCAACUUCUGCUCUAUCAACGAGUUCCUCUUCAUCUUCAUCAUCCUCAUCGUCCUCGUCAUCAUCAUCAUCGUCGUCGUCAUCUUCUUCAUCAUCGUCUUCUGCAGGCUCCCCGCCAACGGUGGCAAAAGCAACUUCCCUAGUCAAUAUUGACAAUCUAUCAGAGAUAAGUAGCGCCGAAGAUGACGAUUGGAGUAAGGACAUUCCGGAGAAAAUUGCUGCAACUGUUGAAGAUCCAUUAGAAGUGAAUUCACAAUUGGUGAAUAACGAUUGGGAAGUAAGGUAUCCUGUGAGAAGUUGGUUGACACCGAAGAAAGUUGAUCCUCCACCGAAACCAGUCGUCGAGGAUAACAGCAAAGCCAGAUUCCGUCAAAAACAAUUGUCCGAUUUGGAACUGAAAAAGCAAAGAAUGAAAGCGAAACUUACUUCGGAUUUGAGCAAACCACUUCCUCGACCAGUUUGCCUUCAAACUACAACCAAAUCUCGGCCGCCUAAAAAAUCACUCGUACAAACGGCCAAGGCAAAAGUUACCACAAUUCGUAAGCAGUAUGUCAUGUCGACUGUGACCACUAAAGAGAAGAAAAUCAUGAAAGUCAUGACGCCUCUUAAAAUAACCGAUGUGAAUAUUUUAGAAACAUCACCUCCCGGUCCAAGUAAUGAACAAAUUGAGGUCUUAACUGCUCUAAAUCUCUUGUCAGCCAAGAAACAAACACCAGAAGGUAAGACUUCCAAGUCUGCAUUGAUGGUUACUGGUACUGCAAAAAAGAUACAACCUGCAAAGAAAGUAGUUCCAAAGGAAACGACGAAAAGUAAAGUCAAAGCUAAUUCCAAACCUCCAAUAGUGAAUGCUCCUAAGCGGACUGCACUUAAACCGACAAAAAAGAUUCAAUUGAUAUCGUCACCCAAACGAAAUUCAGCCACUAGAAAAUCAUCGAGAUCAGUUAAAACGCCAAAGUCUUUUGAUAACUUUUCGACGACAACCGUUGCCCCGAAAAAGUUAAAUGGAAGAGCAACGCCUGUUCCUAAAAAAAAUACCAAAACAACACCUCAAACGUCCAAAAAGAACAAAACCAAACCUCCGCUUGAUGCAGUUGUGGUUUUGGAGCCUAUUGUUGUCAUCCCUAAAGAAACGGCAGAGCCAUUGGAACUCAGAAUCAAUCCACCACCGAAAGAAGAUGAAAUCUUAGAAAAUGUAGUAAAAUUAGACUCUCUUAAAUCUUCUCCAGAGACAUUAAAAUCUCUUGAAUCUGGUCAACUAUGCACUGAUAUUGAUGACAAAGACGAGGAUGAUGAUGAUGAAGACGAAGAUGAUCCUUAUGAACGUUGUGAGAGAAUUUUAAUCGACGAAACCGAUACAAAACGUUUUAUAUAUUUUAAAUACUCUGGACCCGAUGGUGCACCAUCAGUUCAAAUGUCUCCUAAAAAAUCUCAUGAAUUGAAUAUAUUUAUGAAUCCAAAUGAGAAACAUUGUGUUAAGGCAUCGGAAGAGUUUCUUUUGUUUUCAUUUGAACCGAAAGAAAUUUCGAACACUCCAAAACAUGUUACUCGUAAUAUUCCUAAAAAACGUCAACUUAAAUCGUCAAGCUUCGAAAAAGAACCCAUUAAUGAUGUAGUUAAUGAUCGAAAAAUAUUAGAAAAUAUUCCUACAAUAGACGAUCGAAUAUCUGAAAAGGAAGCAGUUUUAACAUCGCCAAAGCGGACAAGUAGUGGUAGUGGAAAGAGAUUUAAUUCGCCGCCAAGUUCGACAUCAACUCCACUUGUGCCAGCGUUAAAAGUGUCACAAUUGCAAAAAGCAGCUGCUUCGAGGGAAAAUAAAAAGACUGAAGAAAUCGUUUCGAGUAGUGGAAAACAUACCACAUCACGACCGAAAGAUGAUAAAAAAUCCACACCCAGUACAAAACAUCAAAACCAAUUGCAAUCGCCUUUGGUAUCGUCUCCUACUAAGUCCAGUAAUAAAGAAUCAAAUUCAUCUUCAUCGAAUCAUUUACAAGAAAAUGAUAUUAAAUUAAGUAAUAAAAGUUCUAAAACCAAAGCAAUGGACAAUGUCGAUUUAAAAUCAACACCAACUUCAGCUUCUUCGGAUAACCCAGUUGAAGCUAAAAGCAGCUCAAGUUCAAAUGAACUUCCACUUGACAUAGAUGUAAUACUUUCAAAACUACAUGGUUAAAAAAAUUCUGAUCUAAUGUUUUGACUCCUCGUAUUCAUUUGUUUUUAAUUAUUUUUUUUUAAAUUUGUUUUAUUUAAGUUUAAAGAUAUAUGAAUUGAUAAUGAGCCGCAAUACAGACUGUUCGAUUUUCAUAUAAAUGUACAUUAAAUGUAAAUUAAGUAAUCCACUUGAUUAAAAAUGGAAUACAACUCACAUAAUUUAUUAUAAUAGCUAUACUAAGCAAUGUAAAUUAUAUUACAUAUAAAUAUUUGUUAUAGUGGCGAUCUAAUUAAAAAGUCUUAAUGUUUUUUUUAAGGUUUCUG